UAUUCUCUUCACACGGUUUUCCUUUCCUUUGUGUCCCACAGAAAACCACUCCUUAUAGAUAUUCUCUAUUGCAUUCUCUCUCUAUAUCUUAAUCUCUUUCCCAUUAACCUCUAUCUCUUUUCUCUCAUUCUUUCUGUGUGUGUCACUGAGAGUGAAUCUGUGACCCAGUUACAUAUUCAACAAAAGCAAAACAAACAAACAAACAUGUAUAAAGUCGCAAGCGCAUCUGAAUACCUGGUGAUCACCGGUAUCGGAAUCAAAGACAUCAAGCUAGCCAAAAAAGCAUGGAUUUUCCCCGGCCAGUCAUGCACGGUCUUCGAUCUCUCGCCGGUAAAUUACACCUUCGAAGUCCAAGCCAUGAGCGCCGAGAAGCUCCCUUUUGUCCUCCCCGCCGUAUUCACCAUCGGCCCGCGAGUAGACGACGAGCCCAGCCUCCAAAAAUACGCAAAGCUCAUCUCUCCCCACGACAAGCUCUCCAACCAUGUCAAAGACCUCGUUCAGGGAAUCAUCGAGGGCGAGACACGUGUCCUCGCUGCCUCCAUGACCAUGGAAGAGAUUUUCAGGGGCACUAAAGAGUUUAAACAGGAGGUUUUUGAAAAAGUUCAGCUUGAACUCAACCAGUUCGGGCUUUUGAUAUACAAUGCAAAUGUCAAACAGUUGGUGGAUGUCCCGGGACAUGAGUAUUUCUCUUACUUGGGGCAGAAGACUCAGAUGGAGGCGGCGAACCAAGCGAAAGUCGAUGUGGCGGAGGCCAGAAUGAAGGGUGAGAUUGGAUCUAAGCUUAGGGAUGGACAGACACUGCAAAAUGCGGCGAAGAUCGACGCCGAGACGAAGAUCAUAUCGACUCAGAGACAAGGGGAGGGGAAGAAGGAGGAGAUUAGAGUGAAGACGGAGGUUAAGGUUUAUGAGAACCAGAAGGAAGCCGAGGUGGCUGCGGCGAAUUCGGAGCUGGCAAAGAAGAAGGCCGGGUGGGCAAGAGAGGCUCAGGUGGCGGAGGUGGAGGCCUCGAAGGCGGUGGCACUGAGAGAAGCUGAGUUGCAGAGAGAAGUGGAGACUAUGAAUGCCAUGACUACCACUGAGAAACUCAAGGCUGAGUUCCUCAGCAAAGCCAGUGUUGAAUAUGAAACCAAGGUGCAAGAGGCGAAUUGGAAUCUCUACAAUAAACAAAAAGCAGCAGAAGCGAUUCUUUAUGAAAAGGAAAAAGAAGCAGCGGCGCAGAAAGCAACAGCCGAAGCCCAAUUCUAUGCCCGCCAACAGGCGGCUGACGGAGAGUUCUAUGCCAAGAAGAAAGAAGCGGAGGGAUUGGUGGCGCUGGGACAAGCCCAAGGCGUAUAUUUACGCACCCUUUCGGACGCUCUUGGUGGCAAUUACGCUGCACUGAGGGACUACUUGAUGAUCAACAGCGGAAUGUAUCAGCAAAUUGCCAAGAUUAACGCUGAAGCCGUGCACGGGCUUCAGCCUAAGAUUAGUAUCUGGACCGGUGCUAAUGGCGGCGGAGACACCGCGGGAGCUGCCAAUCCCGCCAUGAAAGAGGUUGCCGGAGUUUAUAAAAUGUUGCCUCCGUUGUUCAAGACGGUUCAGGAGCAGACAGGAAUGCUUCCUCCUGAAUGGAUGGGCACUUUGACCGAUUCUUCCCAUCAUCAAUCACAUCAUGAAUAAUAAUAUUUGGAUUUAUGUAUUA